AUGCGACAGACGCUCUCUGAUCAGAGUAUUUUGACGCCGGAGCUCUUUGCUAAUGUUCCGUGGACGAUUGCGAAGUAUCUCUGGGAUUGUCUUGGAAGGAGCAAGAAGAGAACGCUCUACAUGUGGAAACUAUUGGCGACAGCAUAUCCAUCCCAAUUCCGAGAGAUCUCCCAAUACCGCCUCAUGAAAAUCGAAGGGCCUCGUAUGCCAAUGCGAGACUAUCUGAAUCAAAUUAAGAGUGACACCCUCCACUGGCGCGUCGCAUUGACCAUGUUCACCUCAUUCGCAAGUGUUCCCGAACUGGUGGAGAUCUCCAAUGUCAAAAACCUCGUCGCGCUGGAACUCAACACAUCGUCCGAGCUGGAAACCUUUUCCAGUGACACUGAUUUGCCAAUGACGGCGCUUAAUGAUCGGAUUGUCCGGACGUGGAGUGAGCUGGCAGCGUCUGAUGCGUUUGCGCAUCUGAGUGUUCUGAGAAUCUCGCAUCAGAAGCAAGUGUCACCAGUUAUUCUACGGUAUUUAAGAUCGUUUCCGUUGUUGCGUCUGCUUGUCAUAUGUGAUUGCCCAAGCGUUUCUCGUCUCUUUAAGAAGAACAGCAAACCAAUUGAAGGGUGGCAACCGAUGGACACUGUGGUUGAUGAUGAUGAUUCCGAUGCUGCACAUGAUAAGCUUUACGGGUGCUACAGAGCUAGCUUCACCAUCAAUGAAGAUACGAAAGCACCCGAUGUCCCCAUCCUCAGCUUCCAGAUCGGCCGGGAGAUGCGCCGGUCGACAAAAACACCAUCGUUUGACACGAUCUACUUGGUGCGACAAAGCCACCCGGAGCAGGAGACCUCCGAACCCGCUGCCAAAAGACAGAAAGUACCUGGAAGGCACAGCAGAGUGACAAUGCGAGAGCACAAGGGAAGGAACCUCGACAGCGUCUUGCAAGAGUUUCUGUGA